AUGGCUUACUAUCCCCGUUUCACCAACGACAUCUCUCCUCUAUUCCGGCUACUGGAUGACUACGACUGUCAUCGCUCUAGCCACGCGAAGAUAACACCGACAAAGAAACCUAUGUCGCUGAAGUCCGAUGUCUUCGAAACACACGAUGCUUUUCAUUUAUCUGCAGAAGUACCUGGCGUUGAAUCCAAUGAUAUUCAAGUCGAGUUCUUGGACCCAAAUACACUAGUGAUAAAAGGUCAUAUCAGGAGGCAUAACAGGCAGACAUUCGAGGAAGGUCAAGAUCAGGCCCCUGUUGCCAAGUCUCAUCACCAGCCAACUGUGGAGGAUGAGAAUGAAGCGGAUGACGCUACGACCUCUCAAUCCUCGAGGAACUCCUUGAAGCAACAGCUAGUGACGCCAAGAAAGACCGAGUCUACUUGCAAAUAUUGGGUAUCUGAGCGGUUGACCGGCGAAUUCCACCGCGUCUUUACAUUUCCGGCGAGAGUGCAACAGGAUUCAGUCAAAGCCAUUCUCAGAAAUGGUAUCUUGUCGCUAUCAAUACCGAAAGAACCCGCUCCGAAGGUGAAGAAAAUCCGCAUUGAAUAG